GCCAGUAUCGAAAGUCAGUUUAGGUAUUCUAACCAUGACCAUCUUGACAACUAGAUAGCAUGCAAAUGCAUUGUUCAACGUCCAAAGGGUGAAGUAAAGCUCAAUCCCUCAAAAUUCUCCCACAUCUAAGAGAUUCAAAACAAUGUUCGGCUUGCUUCCAGAUCUCUCACCACGUGACUCACAUUCACUAUGGUACACGUCAUCGCGCAAUCCAUUCGCAUCAUAUAAUGCCCAAGAUUUGCGCCUCGGUAGUCAAAAUCCAGAGCAGGGCCAUGGUCAUCCGCAUGGGCCCAACAGCAAUCAUCGGCGUGGAGCUCAUCUGAUUGAGCGCUCGCCCCUAGCCCGCCUGCGCGCCGAUGAGCAGAACCUUGAGCGCCGCCAACACAAUGUUACGAAUUUUGGCAGCGCUUGGUUGAAGCCUCCAGGUCUUCCCAAGACUCUUCACCAGCUGCGCGAGGAGCGGCGCGAAGCUGAGGAACACCAGGAAGCUCUGCGACGGGAGCAGCUAGCCCAGGAACUCGCUGAGGCGGCAGAGGCAGAAGCCGCAGGUGCUGGUGCUGGUGAAGGUGCAGGAGAUGGCACUACGGCUGGUGGAGGUGACGCAGACAUGAUGCUGGAUGCACCCCCAGGUGGUGAUGACGGCAUGGAUGACGUACAACUGGACGGGGCGCGCGAUCUUGACGACGAGAUCCCCGAAGCGGACGAGGCGGAAUUCGGGUUCAGCGACAAUGAGGAUGAAGACGAGGAUGACGAGGACGAGGACGAUGAAGACGAAGACGAAGAUGAAGAAGAUGAAGACGCGGAAGAGCGCGAGAUGCAAGCUGCGCAAGCCCAACAACAGCAGCUCAUGGCGCAGCGCAUGCGACAAGCCAACGACGCGUUCCGCGAGGAUAUGGCACGCGGGCGCGACAGUGCGGCUUUCUACGGGGUAGACGAGGACAUUGACGACGAAGACCAGUCGCAGAUGAUCGAAGAGGACGAUCUCGUGGGCGCCCACGCGGACAACGACAUGGGCAUGGACGCGGAUCUGGACGACGAGAUCCCCGAGGCCGAGAGCAUCGGAGGUUACGAGCACACGGAUACAGAAGCCGACUUAAGCAGCAUCAUCGAAGGCGACGACGACAACAACAACAAUAAUUCCCGCAUGAGCUUCGUGGCGCCACAGCAAGCGAACCGCGUCCGGCAUAGUCUCGCCCGCAGCGAUGCCACGCGCAACAGCAUUGCUAUUAGUGACAUCCUGUCGCGUGACGGGAGCAGUGUUCUAGGAAGCAGUCCAGUAGUACCACGACAGAGAACAGCGCUCUCUGCUCGGCGAGGGAGAGGGUAGAUGAUAUGCAGUCACAGCAUCUAUCACCGUCUAGUCUUUAUUUUUUUCUUUUACUCUCCGCGUCUUCGUUCUAUGGGCAUAUCAUAGCAUACGAAGACAUGGCGUUACAUAUCAAGAUACCCCUUUUUAGUUUCCCUUAGUUGCUCCUAGAAACGAAAUUACAAAUUCAUUCACAAUCGGACCUCCUU